AUGGCGACAAGAUGGCUCAACGAAAUGAAGAUAUUUGCUUCUGGUUACUCGUUAUUGUCAGUUACGUUAACUGCAGCCUCUGGAAGAAUAACUAGUCCUGGAUAUCCGAAUGGAUAUGGUGACAAUAGCGACGAAAGCUGGCGAUUGAGGGUGGAAGGAGCAGAAUCGUACACGAUCACUUUCGAAGUUGUUGAUUUGGACAAGUCUGGUUGCUAUGAUUACCUGGUUUUGUACGACGACUCAAAUUACCUUGCUCCGGGAGUUACCAUAUGCGAAAAACCACCUACGCCAUACAUAAUGGAUUCUGGCAAAAUGACUAUUACGUUCAACACAGCCGGUAGUUGGACUGCUGGAGAAAGAGGAAACGGAUUUUCACUUGUUUAUCAGGCGAAUGGUCCAGGUAUUAUUCCCGGGACAACAGCUGCACCAGGACCUUCAACAACAACAGGAAACAUUAUUGUCGUCACAACCGAAGGCUCGGCCACAACUACUAAGGGCACAGAGACAACUGCUGGAGUGCAGACAACAUAUCCACCCAGUGGAAAUUUUCCACCUGGAACACAAGAUGAUAGCCAGUGCGGUGUGCCGGCAUUUUCACCACAAAUCACAGGCUUCGAUUACGUGGCACAGGGGGCUGCACUUUCCGAGUCGAGAUCUGUUCCAUCACCUCGAGUUGUCAACGGAGAAGAAGCAAUUCCACAUAGUUGGCCGUGGCAGGCUUCACUGCAGGGAUCGCAAGGAUCGGCUUAUUGUGGCGGUACGUUAGUUCAAUCACAGUGGGUAGUAACGGCAGCUCAUUGCGCAGCAUUGGUUUUCAUCGGAACUUACGCUAGCGAUCAAGUGUUGCUGGGAGCACACGACAAAAGAUCUGCAGAAGCAUCUGCUCAACUCAUUGACAUUGUUGCAAAAUAUGUUCAUCCACAGUACGACAAUCCUGAUCGUAGCCAUGACGUAGCUUUGGUAAAACUGAAGACACCUGCUGUAUUGAAUGAAUACGUUUCUCUUGCUUGUGAAGCUCAUGCAGGAUGGUCGUUUCCUGCCGGUAUGCAGUGUGUUGUUACUGGCUGGGGAGUUACGAAAGAAGGUGGAAAUAUUGGUACCGGCAUUUUGCAACAAGCUCCAUUACCACUCAUGAGUGAUACAGAUUGUUACACCCUUUAUCAGGAAGCGAAUCUUGACACAACAUCUGACAUGCAAUGCGCUGGAGGACAAGGAAAGGGGGCCUGUAAUGGUGACAGUGGCGGACCACUGAAUUGCUAUGUAAACAACAGAUGGUACCACAUGGGCAUCGUUAGCUUCGGUGAAGCAAACUGUGACACGGACAUCGCUUCAGUUUUUGCCAAAGUGGCAGAGUUGCGAAGUUUCAUCGACAGCACGAUUGCGCAACAUUCCUGAAUGAAGUGUAAAUCCUAACGUA